GGUAUCGUCAGACGGCAGAAUGGCAACGGUGACUGUUGUUUGGUUGACGGGUCUUCUCCUGGGUUCAGUUUUCAGUCAACCGCUUCCAAACCCCCAAUAUAUAUGCGACUCGUAUAAUAACCCAGAUCCAUGUCAAAUACCAAUUCCACCGUGCCCGCCGCCACCAUGUCCACCACCUUGUCCUGAUCCUUGCCAGAACCCUUGUCCUUGUCCUAAUCCUAACCCACCUUGCAUCAACGUUCCCCCACCUUGUCCCGAACCUAUUCCACCGUGCCCCAACCCAAUCCCACCAUGCGAAAAUCCUGCCCCAUACGAUGACAAUAUUCCAUGUAAUUGUGAAUCGGAUCCAUCGAUAUCUGGAUUAGAUCAAUUUCAAAAUGUGAUUCAACUGAGACCCUGUAACCCAAAUGAACCAGCUGUGAAUUACAUCUACGGUCAAGCUCCUCAGGGAUCGGUUUUAAUAAAACCUGGUCUAAUUCGUUUCCCACCACCGAAACCUAUAAUUGUGAAGCCGGGAACCGUCAAGCCACCAACACUGCCCGUUAUAUGGAUCAAGCCAGCUGCGAUUCGACCUCCGGCGCUCGCUCCGAUACGCGUCCAACCUCCACCGGUUCAACCACCGACUCCUCCAUCGAUAAUGGUCCGGCCACAGCCCGUGUGCCCCCCAAACCCAGAACCAAUCAUUGUCAGGCCACCCCCUGUAAAUCCACCCACAAUACCGAGGAUUAAGGUAACUCCAUCGAGGAUCCAGCCUCCACCACCUGAUAUGCUCAUCGUUCAGCCCCAGAAAAUAAUCGUUACCCAACCCCCAACAAUCUGCUUCAAGCCUUCACCCCCUUGCUUUAGAACUUGCGGAUGCGCAAGUGUUUCGAUAUUCAAACCUUAUCCUAAUCCCCUGCCGCCCUGCCCUCCACCAUCCCCUUGUGGGUGUCCUGGCUCUUAAAACGUUUGACCCCCAAUGUAUUUAGUUUAUUCUAUUAAUAUGUAAUUGUGUAUAGUAUUAUAAUUAUUAAGGCGACAUUUGCAAAUCAUUUGAACGAACGAAAAAUACAAAUCACUGAAUGUA